GAACAACUUAUUUCUGAAAUCACUCGAUUAGAAAUUGAGAUAAAGAAGUUAAAAAAUAACAAAAAUAUAAGUAGUUCCGAAUUACAAAAGAAAGAAGAAGAUUUAAAAAAAAUAAAACAGUUGCUUCAAGAACAAGAAAAUAAUGACUUAAAAGCACAAGAACCCAACAA